AUGGGGCUGGACCACCUGGGUGGGACCUUCGGCGGGAAUCGGAAGCCCACGCCGUUCAUGUGCCAGGUCAUGAAGAUGCUCCAGAUCCAGCCCGAGAAGGACAUCGUUGUCGAGUUCAUCAAGAACGAAGACUACAAGUCAGUCUGUGUUAACUGUCGAUUCUUUCAAGAAAUAUUUGUUUUCUCUUCUAUUUACAGAUAUGUUCGUAUGCUUGGUGCUUUUUAUUUGCAUCUUACAGGGAUAGAUAGUGAUGUGUACCGUUACUUGGAGUCUGUAUACAAUGACUAUCGAAAAUUAAGUGUAGUUUCUUAUGCUUACAUAUUACAUACUUCUAGAUGGACUCUUGAAGCCAUUGGUUCACUGGAACCAAGAUUAAGUGCACUAGAAGACGAUUUUGAGGAGGAAAAAGGAGAGGAUGACCAAAUAGAUGGAUUAGAAGAUGGGGGUCAUGAAAAGGUUUCUUGUUCAGGGAGAAGUAUGAUGGAUCACACAAUCCUGUUGCUGUGUAAUGGCGGAAGGACCUAGUAGAUCAAUAUGUUAUGAUCCUGCCAGGUUCCUCUACACUGACUGUGUGAAGCAAGAAGUAUGAUGGAUCACGCAAUCCUGUUGCCGUGUAGUGGUGGAAGGAUGUGUUCUGGUUUGAAAGCAAUUGAAAAUGGAACAGUGUGAUUAUAAGCUAUAACUGUGUGUAAAUAUGUUUUUGUAGUAGCGUGGGGAUUAUGAGAUUACUUUGCAUAAGUGUAGUGUUUACUAAAAAGGAUUUAGACCCCUACACAUAUGGGUGCCUUUAGACAGGUCAAAUAGUUGCCCCAGUUAUAGCAUAGAACGGCUCGAAAAAUCACUGGCAGUAAUGUUUUAUGAUGCUGUAAGGUUUGUCUGCACUAGCAUUCUGCACCUACAAGUGUGUUAGAUCACUAUAUUAUUUGCUUAGCCAUCCUUCACAGACAUGGAUUUCCUUUUUAGAAUCAAUUUGGAAUUCAAUUUCGCAUUUUACACAACUAGUUGUUGCACGUGAAUUAUUUUGCGGUAGUGGAAACAACGUUUGAGAUUAUUAUAA